AUGAACCUGCUAAGUACGCUUGGUGUAUUCCACGCAGAGGUCUUAUCGGGACCUCGUGGCAGCCAAAGCUUGCAGGCUCUGAACAAAUCUAUGAUAGCCCUGCGUAACAAAGCCGUUCAUAGAAUAAGAGUUGAAAUCCAUGCCUUGCGUUUCUGGGCUCUCAGCGCGGUCAGGCUUGCGAAACUGUUAGAAGACCACGAGGCAGCCAAGCAAUUCUCAUCACUUGUGUCUGCCCUCGAAGUCGAGCAUGACAGGAUGAAGGUCGAGAAGUCGAAGGCUGAAGAAAGCCUGCUAGCUACAGUCAAGGAACUGACAGCAAAGCGAGCUGAACUGGACCGUGUGGAGCGAGAGGCCAUGACUGCUUACGAGGCAGCGCACAAGCAAUUGCCGGCUCGCACUUCAGAGCUGGGUAUGAGCAUUGAUGCCAACAUUCCUCUGGACUAUGGGUUUGGACUUGAAUCGAAAGAGACAUCAUCGGCCAAGCCUACGAGCGGCGUUUUGACAGGAUCAAGAGUUGGUUCGGUGCUUGAACAGCCAUCUAGACCUACCCUGGGUGCAGACUUGACAUUCCUGCCCGAGCGGUCAUCAACCACGUCCUCGCAACAGCAACCCACAUUUGUGUAUUACCAUCCUAUCCAAGAGCUGCCACACCGAAUCUUCUCAAAGAAACCACACAUACCGCAUCUUACUCGCAAAGUAGAGCUUACACCUACCAGCAAGCAGUACCCGAGUCAUUUUCCGCUUCAGAUCUUGGAUCACUCUGUCACUUUCGCAUUACGCAAGACAAGAAAAACUGGAGAACUGGACCUGGUGAUCACUUCGUGA